AUGGAUUUAACUUCAUUUUUCAGUAUGGGGAUAAUACUUGGUACUGCACUAGUUAUUGCUAUUCCUGAAGGAAUUGAAACAUUGUACCAAUCGGCAGAUCAAAAGAGUAAUGAUAUGUUUCCUCAAUACAUAGGUUUAGGUCUAAUAAGUGGUUUUCUUAUUAUGUAUAUUAUUGACCAUCUAAAUGCUAUUUUACAUUCUUUCAACAUUGAAUUGAAGUCCAUUAACGAAUUUCAUUACAAUGGAUCUUAUAGAGACCUAUUUACAUCCAUAUUUACAUCAUCUUUAACAUUGGGACUUAUUUUUCACGCAAUGAUUGAUGGAAUAUCCUUAGGUUCAUCCUUUAGUAAAUCCCAUGACGAGAGCUCAAUUGGAUUGAUACUUUUUAUAAUGAUUAUUAUUCACAAAUUACCCACUUGCUUUAGUCUUUCGUCGCUAUUAAUGAAGGAAGAAAUGAAUAAAUCGGUUCUAAAAUUUCAUUUAUUAAUAUUUGCAUCAAUAACUCCAUUAAGCUCAAUAUUGACUUUUAUCUUUAUGUCCUUGUUUCAUUUGCAAAAUGAUUUUGUCGUUGGAAAUUUACUUGUGUUCAGCGGUGGUACAUUUCUUUAUGUUGUAACGCAUGUAAUGCUAGAAGUAUCCUCCACAAAUAAUAUGAUCCCUCAAUCUGGAGGAAGUGAUGAUACAUUAUAUUACGGUAAUAAACCAACGAUUGAGGGGAUUCAUAUAUUGGCAUCAUUAGUAGGUACAGCUGUGCCAGUGUUAAUAAGUUUAUUUGGAGAACACUAA